AUGAACCACGUACCUCACCUCGAAGGGCCGGAUGCGCUCCCGAUCCCGCACGCAUUCGAUGAACCCUCAUGGCACCCUCCACACUCUCCGUCCUUUGACAGUCAUCCGCCCGACCCCCAGCGCUUCUCCGCAAACUCCCAGGCACCGUUACCGACUCAAACAUACCCCGUUAUACGCAACCAUGAGCUACCGGGAUUGACGCCGGAAGACCCGUACGGUCGCCCCAAUUGCCUUCUCGCCCACGCGCCCGUGCAUUUCCCGCAGUAUCCAAAUUUGCCUCACCCUAAAUUCGGCCAUCCGAUGACAGGCGCGCCGCGCGAGAGAUCCCCAGAUGAUCGUACUCACAUGAUCCACCCGCUUCCGGAUCAGAUCAAUAGCGCUGGGUAUACGUCUUCGUGGAGCCUUAUGUCUCCAGCUUUACAGUCCAUGACACCCGUUUCUCAAAUGGCUGCUGUGACGCCGCUAGGCGGGUAUGAUUCGGCAUUUUACCAAAACCAGAUGUAUGGAUCGUGUCAGCCCAAGACUGUUAAAGCCCAGAAGGCAUGCGGUAAAUGCCGAGCUAGGAAAGCAAAGUGUGAUGAGCGACGGCCGAGUUGCAGCCGCUGCAAAAAGAACGGUCUUGCGUGUGUUUAUGAAGAGUUGUCGCCUCAAAAGCAAAAUCGGUCUACCCAGCUGAUACUGGAUCGGCUCUUGCAUGUGGAGGACCGUCUGGAGGUUCCUAUAUCGGAAUUGCAUGCGACCCAACAGAGUCAUAAGUUAAUGCUGCAAGACCUAUUAAACAGCAAGAAACCAGCGCGGCCCAUUCAAGCCGGUGAGGAACAUCUUUUCGUCCCAAAACCGGCCGUCGAUCAUGACGGGCCUUUAAAAACAGACGUGUCACAGACCCAGGCCGCAGUAACUCGUAUCCUGGACCCCGGGAGUCAGGAUGUGGACACUUCUAAACAUGGUCAACAGCUGCGACACGUAGAGGCGAUGUACGAGGACUCGACGAACGAGCCCGAGGGGGAGCUUUCUAUUCCCGUGGAUCAUGCUACAGCAGCUCACAAGCUAUUGUCGUGGCCUGUGAUUAAGAAACUACUUUUCCCCAAGGAAUAUGACGAGGAUUAUGUGAUGCGAUUGGAAGAAGAGCGUGGUCUUAUCAGUAUUUAUGACCAGGGCGAGAUCGCGUACACUGCUGAUGGCAGCCGACUACCAAGGUAUGGCGGCUUCGACGGUGUCCGACCCGAUGAGGAUGGUGCAGGGCCGGAUUCCGACAUUGAUGUAGACAAGUUUGGUAACCUGAGGCUGGAUGCCGCAACUGCUCAUCGUUACUAUGAAAGCUAUCUCGCCAACAUGUUCAAUCUCCACCCGUUUCUUGAGCAGGGUGAACUCAACCUGAACGUCGAUAUGUUCAUUCAAUGCUAUUGCCGCCCCAAUUCCUCUCCUGCCACCAAUCACAUGCAAUCAGCCCGUGACUGCCCGCCGCCAGCGAAACGGAAACGUUUCAAAGAGAAUGUGGGCGAGUCCGUGGAGACUGUGUCUGACCCGCUGCGGCCACGCGUCGGAAAGAAUAUAGACAACGCCAUGGUCAUGCUGUGUCUGGCCCUUGGUGCGAUUUGCGAAGUUCCUGCUCCUCUUCCCGGGCCUGUUAUGAACCAGAGGAUUGAUUAUCGCAGCCAGCCCAUCCCUGGUCCCCUGCCGCCCCUUUCCCGGAACGGGGUGUAUGCCGCCAAUGAUAUUCUCUCGCCCUCAAACCCCGAUUCAGCUAUUCAGAUGCCGCGCUCGCAUUCUUCGUAUGUGCUGCCAACGCAAGCUACUAGCCAGCCUUUCCCAUCUAUAUUAGAUCAAAGCCGAGGGAACCUAUCAAGGCAAUGUGUGUCAAUCACGCAUACAAGAAAUCAUCAGAUCAUUCCUGGCCUGGCUCUUUAUGGAUACGCUGCCGCAAUAUUAGGCCAUCUUCAAGGUGGUAACGAGUUGGAACAUGUUCAGACAGGGCUGCUGGCCGGACUUUACGCUGGCCAGUUGGCCCAUCCUUUCCAGAGCCACAGUUGGAUCUUCCAGGCCUCAAGGGCUUGUCAGGUGCUUGUGAGGUCAAAGCGGUAUGAGAGACUCGAGGAGGGACCUGUGCAAGACCUCUAUAAUUUCGCUUACUGGACUUGUUUGCAGUUGGAGAGUGACCUGCUCGCAGAGCUUGACCUUCCAGCGAGUGGCAUCUCGCGUUAUGAGAGUUGGAUAAUUCUUCCGAAAGGAAAAUUCACGAUCAAUCGUCUCCCGGACGAUCCCAGCGCACCCACAUCCGCGAUGAUGCUGUUCUACUCGGCUCAAAUCCACCUGCGCAAAAUCCUUAAUCGUGUUCAUAAAUUUAUUUACAAGGUAGAAAAUCAAGGGCAAACACGAUGGUCAUCAACUGUCCAAGAGGCUCUGAGCAUGAACCUUGGCCUCUGGCGCACGAGCUUGCCUGACAUAAUGAAGUGGGAAGACUCCGAUGAGCCAGCCAAUGAAAUCAACGCUGCUCGCAUGCGCGCCAAGUAUUAUGGUGCCCAGUAUAUCAUCCAUCGGCCUCUUCUCCACUACGCCCUGCACUAUGGCCAUACCGGUGCCAGCGUGGGCCUAGGCGAUCAUGCCUCAAUGGAGUCGUCUAACUCGUCGCAAAAGGUGUUCCCCUCAAUGAUGCACCAAAGAAACAACCGCGCUAGUGACAUGACGCCCAUCUCUAGCGACAGGGGUUCCACGAUAGCUGCGCCAGUCGCACAUGACUGGACUUCCCCCAAGGUCCAAUUACGCGAGCUUCCAAAGAAGCUUCGCAUAGCCUGCAAAAUCUGCAUUGACUCUGCCAUUCUGAGUUUGAAGGCUUUUGAUGGCGUAGGCGGACAUCGGUUGGUGGUUACCAACAUCUUCGGCACAGCCCAUGCGCAGUUUGGCAACAUGCUCGUUCUAUCCGCCACCUACAUGUCCAGCCUACGCGAGCUCGUCGACGGAGAACUCCUCGAGCGCCUUCUCAGACGCACGAUCGGCUUCCUCGUGCAAUGUGAAAACAUCUCUCCUACCCUUCGCGCCGAUGCCCGCAUCCUUUCUGAGGUCUACCAGAACAUCUUCCAUCGCGCUCCUGACAUGAGCCAACAGUACUAAAGUCGGUUCACGUCAGUCAAUACUGACGAGACG